GCAGAAGGAGCAUCACAAAGAGCCCUAUUCGCACUUCGUCUAGGAGAUCCCGUUCUCGCAGCCGUUCCCGCUCAAGAUCUCGCGACCGUAAGCGCAGUCGUUCGUCGUCACGCUCUUCAUCUCGUUCACGUUAAAAUGUUUGUCAGUGUUCAUCCUCUAAAGUUUAAAUCUAUGAAUGGUGUCACAGAACUUGAAACUAUUACUGGGAUGAAAUCAACUAUAAACGACUAUCAUCUUCUUGUUGCUCAAAAUUUCCUGUCUAACAUCUCGUUGGAUGGGACAUAUCCGACCACAAAUCUGCAGCUAUUCAGAGAUCGUAGGGAGAAGGCUUCUUCAGUGAAGAACGAUGCGGAGUCGGAAGUGUCAAUCUACGUUGGUGAAGAUGCUCCCUUAAUGGGAACGGUCUCCAUCUUGGGAAAGAUGGUGAGAUUGGUUAGUACCGAUGAUGGCCCGGCGGACGAGAAAUGUAACUUGGGCGAAGAAAAAAUGUUUGAGCUGACAUCUUUGGUUGAAGAUGAGACGAGGCGGAAAUCGGAUUCACUCGAUCGUGAUAAUGAACGACUACAGCAGAGUGCAGCGGAUGGCUCUGUUGAAGAACUUCGACCGUUUGAGCUUAAGGAUGUUGAGUGUAUACGUUUUGAUCAACUUUCAUCAAAACUCCGUCGAACAAGUGGAAUGUCACUUAGUGGUGUAGCUUGGAAGUCUCCUUGUAAGGAUGAUAGAAGGACUAGUGAAGCUCCCGCAAACUCGUCCGUUAGUUUUUUGAAUAUUCGAGACGACAGCGAUCAGCGUUCUCUUACAAGAAUAACAGAAUCACCAAGCGGUGAUGGUGAUUCAUAUCAGCUAGAAGGCGAAGACACUUUUCGUAACGAUUACGAUCCUAUGAUGCUAGAUGAAGUUGCCUCAGCGAGUAGAACUAUAAUCCGGACUAAUGGAUUUAUAGGCGUUACCAAACUCUUCGCAACUCCUCAAGUUUCUAAAGCAACCUUGAAUCAAACUUUUGCGGAAAAGUUUCCUCACAUUCGUCUCACAUAUAGUAAACUUCGAAGUAUAAAAAAAGAUCUAUGGCUGGUUUCCAAAGAAUGCGACGUGGACGAAUAUACACUUGCACAUGCUUUUGUAUAUUUUGAAAGAAUUGUUUGCAAGGGUCUUAUCUCCAAGUACAACCGAAAAUUCGUUGCUGCAGUAGCUUUUCUUGUUGCUGUAAAGCUCAAUGACUAUAAAAAACCGGACAUAGUGAAGGUGUUAGAGGUAGCCUGCUUUGAUAUUCUUGUUUCGAAGUAUAUCCUACUAAUUUAUUAA